AUGAAGAUAAUUACGUAUUUUUGCAUUUGGGCAGUAGCAUGGGCCAUUCCAGUUCCUCAGAGCAAACCACUGGAGAGACAUGUUGUUGAGAAAUCUGGGAAUUUACCUCUCUUCACAAGAUUAAAACUGUCAGUACAGGAUGAGUUAAAUGCCAAUGGAACCACUAAAGAAACUGGUGUCCCCAUGCAUGAAAGUGAAAGAGGAAGGCAAGAGCAUACCCAAGAUGGUCACAAGGGAGAAGAGAAUGGCUCUGAGUGGGCAGAAGUAGGAGGGAAGAGUUUUCCUACAUAUUCCACAAUAGCAAAUGAAGAGGGGAAUAUUGAGGGUUGGAAUGGGGACACAGGAAAAACAGAAACAUAUGGUCAUGAUGGAAUACACAGGAAAGAAGAAAACACCACAGCAAAUGGCAUCCAGGGACAAGUAAUCAUCAUUGACAAUGCCAGAGCCACAAACAGAAGCAACACUAGUGGAAAUACUGAUAAGAAUACCCAAAAUGGGGAUGUUGGUGAUGCAAGUCACAAUGAGGAUGCUGCUGUUGUCCAGGAAGAGGGACCCCAACUAGCUGGAAGCAAUAACAGUACAGACAAUGAGGAUGAAAUAAUUGAGAACUCCUGUAGAAAUGAGGGUAAUAGAAGUGAAAUAACACCUCAGAUCAACAGCGAGAGAAAUGGGACUCAGAAGGCUGAGGUGACACGAGGCAUUGGAGAAGAUGAUGGCCUGGAUAAUUCUGACGGGAGUCCUAGUGGGAAUGGAGCAGAGGAGGAUGAAGACAAGGGCUCUGGUGAUGAUGAAGAUGAAGAGGCAGGGAAUGGAAAAGACGGCAGUGAUAACAGCAAGGGCCAGGAGGGCCAGGACGAUGGGAAAGAUGAUAAUAAUAGUAGCAUGGGUCAAAAUUCAGAUAGUAGUGAAGAUUAUGACCCUGAAGGCAAAGAAGACCCCCACAAUGAUGGUGAGGGAGACAACACCUCCAAGAGUGAGGAGAAUUCUGCUGGUAUUCCAGAAGACAAUGGCAGCCAAAGAAUAGCGGACUCCCAGCAGCUCUACCACAGAGAAAGCAAAGGUGUAGAAAAUGGAAUCACUGAAGAAUCAGAGCCACAUGCUGUUGGGAAGACCCAAGAUAAGGGAAUAGAAAUCAAAGGUCCCAGCAGUGGCAACAGAAAUAUUACGAAAGAAGCUGCGAAGGCCAACGAAGAUAAAGAGAAUAAAGGACAACAUGGAGUGAUCUUGGGCAAAGGAAAUGUGAAGACACAAGGGGAGGUUGACAACACAGAAACACCUGGCCAAAAAUCAGGACCAGGAAAUAAAGUUGAACGCAGCAACACAGGUAGUGACAGCAAGAGUGAUGGUUAUGACAGUUAUGAUUUUGAUGAUGAGUCCAUGCAAGGAGAUGAUCCUGACAGCAGUGAUGAAUCUAAUGGCAAUGAUGAUGCUAAUUCAGAAAGUGACAAUGACAGCAAUAGCCAAGGAGAUGCUUCUUAUAACUCUGAUGAAUCAAAAGAUAAUGGCAAUGACAGUGACUCAAAAGGAGAAGAUGGUGACAGUGAUAGCACAUCAGAUGCUAAUGAUAGUGACAAUAAUGGCAAUGGUAACAAUGGGAACAAUGACAAUGGCAAAUCAGACAGUGGCAAAGGCAAAUCAAAUAGCAAUGAUAGUAAUGACAGCAGUGACAGUAGCGACAGCAGUGACAGCAGUGACAGUGACAGCAGUGACAGCAGUGACAGUGAUAGUGAGAGCAGCAAUAGCAGUGAUAGUGAUAGCAGUGACAGUGAUAGCAGUGAGAGCAGCAGUAGCAGUGACAGUAGUGAUAGUAGUGACAGCAGUGACAGUGACAGCAGUGAUAGUGACAGUGACAGUAGUGAUAGCAGUGAUAGUAGUGACAGCAGUGAUAGCAGUGACAGUAGUGAUAGUAGUGACAGCAGUGACAGUGACAGCAGUGAUAGUGACAGUGAUAGUAAUAGCAAUGACAGUAGUGACAGCAGUGAUAGCAGUGACAGUGAUAGUAGUGAUAGUAGUGACAGUAGUGACAGCAGUGAUAGCAGUGACAGUAGUGAUAGCAGUGACAGUAGUGACAACAGUGACAGCAAGUCAGACAGCAAAUCAGAUAGCAGUGACAGCAGUGAUAGUGACAGUAAGUCAGACAGCAGUGACAGCAGCAACAGCAGUGAAAGUGACAGCAGUGACAGCAGUGAUAGCAGUGACAGCAGCGAUAGUAGUGACAGCAGCAAUAGCAGUAACAGCAGUGAUAGUGACAGCAACAAUAGCAGUGACAGCAGUGAUAGUGACAGCAGCAAUAGCAGUGACAGUAGCGAUAGUGACAGUAGUGAUAGCAGCGACAGCAGUGACAGCAGUGAUAAUGACAGCAAUGAUAGCAGUGACAGCAGUGACAGCAAUGACAGCAGCAACAGCAGUGAUAGCAGUGACAGCAGUGAUAGCAGUGACAGUAGUGAUAGCAGUGACAGCAGCAACAGUAGUGAUAGCAGUGACAGCAGCGAUAGCAGUGACAGUAGUGAUAGCAGUGACAGCAGUGACAGCAGCGAUAGCAGUGACAGUAGUGAUAGCAGUGACAGCAGUGAUAGCAGUGACAGUAGUGAUAGCAGCAACAGCAGUGACAGCAGCGAUAGUGAUAGCAGUGACAGCAGUGACAGCAGCGAUAGUGAUAGCAGUGACAGCAGUGACAGCAGCGAUAGCAGUGACAGUAGUGAUAGCGACAGCAGUGACAGCGAUAGCAGUGACAGCAGCGAUAGCAGUGACAGUAGCGAUAGCAGCAACAGCAGCGACAGUGAUAGCAGUGACAGCAGUGAUAGUAGUGACAGUAGUGACAGCGAUAGCAGUGACAAUAGUGAUAGCAGCGACAGCAGCGACAGUGAUAGCAGUGACAGCAGUGAUAGCAGUGACAGUAGUGACAGUGAUAGCAGUGACAGUAGUGACAGCGAUAGCAGUGACAGUAGUGAUAGCAGUGACAGCAGUGACAGCAAUAGUGACAGUAGCGAUAGCAGCGACAGUAGUGAUAGCAGCGACAGCAGCAACAGUGAUAGCAGUGACAGCAGCGAUAGCAGUGACAGUAGUGACAGCGAUAGUGACAGUAGUGAUAGCAGCGACAGCAGUGACAGCGAUAGCAGUGACAGUAGCGAUAGCAGCGACAGCAGUGACAGCGACAGCAGCGACAGCACAUCUGACAGCAGUGAUGAGAAUAACAGCCAGAGCAAAUCUGGUAAUGGCAACAAUGGAAGUGACAAUGACAGUAGUGACAGUGAAGGCAGUGACAGUAACCACUCAACUAGUGAUGAUUAG